UCUUACCGUAGCGAACACACAGUACAGAGAGUUACUUCAUGCAUGGAUAUAGGCAAUACAUCCUUGUGUUACCUGAGCUUUUAUUUAAAAUUAAUGUUUAAAUUGCUUCAUUGAACGUAUGUAUAUCCGUCUCAUAAAUAUAUAAGUGAUCUACUUAUCAACACUAAAACUGUCAGUGAAAUUUAUGAAACACAAUGGAUGGACUAUACAAGGAAAGUCAUGUUAGAAUUGAUACUUCUCAUGGAGUAAGUAAAAGAACUAACCUCAUAGAUUGUCUUCAGGAGUAUGCAACAACAAAACCAGACACUGAAGCGUUUGUGUUUGCAUCUACAACAGCAUCUCGCGAGAGUGUGACCUGGUUACACCUUUACCAAAGAGCAUGCGCGACCGGAAGAUCAUUAAUACAGUUAGGAAUCAAAAGGAAUGAAACGAUUGCCAUUAAUCUUCGCACAUGUCCUGAAUGGCUUUAUGCAGCAUUCGGCGCUAUGAUAGCAGGGGCAGUUCCUGUAGGCAUAUCGUUCACAUACAAGGAUGGUGCCAGUGACUUGAUAGCUACGAUGGAAAAAUUGCAGAACUGUUCUAUUCUUAUCAUGGAUCCUGGGCUAGAUAAUGUAAACUGGAAUAUUAUUGCUGAUCAUCUUGACCAUUAUGACAAGGAAGGUUCUGUACGCAGCAAGAAAAUGCCUUAUUUGCGAUAUAUGUUGGGUCAUGCCUUUGCAAACUGCCAGGCAUCUGUUAAACAGUUUCAAGACUUAUUUGAAAGUGCGAAUCCAGACAUAGUUGUUCCAAAAAUAGACGCGGAAGAUGCAGCAAUGAUGUUGCAAACGCCCGGAAGUACAGGUAUUCCGAAGUUCGUUGUUCAUACUCACAAAUCUCUGGUAGCCAUGGGAACUUCUAACUCGCAGUACAUUGAUAACUGUUAUUCACUUUUUAACGACAGACCCUUCACAUGGGUAGGUGGUUUUCUGCUGUCCGUGUUGACUGGGCAGACGAGAGUGACUGUAUCCGGGUUCUGUGCAUCACCAAAAAACGUGGUUUCCUUCAUGGUAGACGUGAUACAGAAUGAAAGGUGUUCACUUGUUCUUGCAUUACCUCCCCUGAUGGCCGAGCUAAUGAAGCGACAGAACGAUCUUCCUGCUGACUGGCCGGUUGAAGUUAUCAUGUCAGGAGGACAACCAUUGACAAAAAGUCUUGUCAAAUGCAUUGGUAAGGUCUGCAAGUCAUUUGGCAGUCUUUACGCUGGAACGGAAGUUCUCGGCUUAACACAACUGUUGGUCAGAGAUCCAGAAAACUUCAGUGAGUAUGGAUGCGGCAAGGCACUCCACAUGAAAGGUUUUGAAAUGAAGAUCGUCAACGAAGAUGGGAAAACAGUACCGGUAAAUACAAGAGGUGAAAUAUUCGUGAAAUCACCGGCAAUGUUCAAAGAGUAUUACAACGAUUCUGCGAAAACACGCCAAGCUAAAUCUGACGACGGUUGGUUUAAAACUGACGACAUCGGGCGCAUGACAAAAAAUGGAGAGUUCUUCGUAGAAAGUCGAAAAUCGAACACGAUCAUUUCCGGUGGAAUGAACUUGGCUCCCGAAAUCCUUGAGCAAGUCAUGAAAUCAUUUCCUGGUGUUGAUGCAGUGGUAUACGUUCCUGUUCCAGAUGAAGUUCUGUAUCAGGCAGUUUGCGCAUGCGUAAUAAAGAAACCCGGAUGUGACAUCACAGAGGAGAAACUGCGGAGCUGCUGCGAAGAGUUUCAUGCUGAUAAACCAGGGUUGUUUACAGUGCUACCAAAGUAUUACAUUUUUCUCGACAGAUUUCCUCUUUUGAGUUCAGGGAAAGUAAAUAGAGUAGAACUAAAAAGAAAUGCAAAUGAACUAUUGUGUUUAUAAUUAGACAAGAUAUGUGCAUAUAAAUGCUAUAAAACUUAAAAUGUUAGUGCGCUAUUUACGGACGACUUAUAUUAGUAUUUAGAUAGACUGACUAGUGAGAAUUGUCGAAAGUUGCGUCGUCUUUGAUUUGUGCAGCAAUUUGUAUUACAAGUACAUUUAACACUGAGUCUGUGUUUUAACAAUAAAAUAGACUAUUUUUCGCUUAAUUUUCGUUUGUAGACAUAUAUGAUUUCAA